CCACUCAAUCCGCCAUGGCGCAGGUACAUGCGCAGUCGGCGAGGACAGCAUCGUCGUCGACACUCAAGGAAUUGCGCCGCAAAUCCACCGAGACACGGAUGACCCAGAGUCCGACGGCAGUCGAGUUGCGCCGAUGCUCGACGUCCAUCGCGGACCUCGUCAACACGACCGACGUGGCGGAAGGAUCGAUGACGAGUUUGUCCAAACACCAACGGUUGAAGGCCACAUAUGGGCAGAAAGCCCCCCCUCCAAACACGUGGAGGAGGCGCAUACGACAGCUGAUGAAGUAUCCGCACGCGACGCGCGUCGGGCGCAUUCGGCACUACGGCCUCCUGGUCGCCAUCGUGUGCGACUACAUUCUCUUGAUGUUCGAAACCCUCGAUGGGCCGGCGAACGGCGGCAGCGACCCGAAAUACCCCCACCUUCCGACCGCAACGACAUAUUUCUACCUGGACGUGGCAUUCACAGGGCUGUUUGCGUUCAGUUUUGCCCUUUGUUGGAUUGUGGCAAAGCGGCAGCGAAAGUUUUGGACCCAGUUGGUGACGUGGAGUGACUUGCUGGGCCUGCUCCCGCUCACCAGCCUCUUGGUCAUGAAGUACGCGUUCGGGUGGAGCCGUGAGCGAUACGCGCCGAUCGAGGAGUACCUGCGGCACCUGCGGCUCUUCCGCAUCGUUCGAGUCACAUACAUGCUCCGCAACAUGAGCGGCAUCCGCGUCCUCCACGCGACCUUUCUAGAGUGCAUUCACCCGCUUCAAAUCACGCUCUUCUUCCUCACUACAAUCGUCAUGACGCUAGCCACGCUCUUGUACUACGCUCAGCCGUGCUACGACGGCACGAAAUGCACUUUCACCGACAUCAUCAACACGGGCUACUACGUCAUGACCACGGUGGCCACCGUUGGAUACGGCGACCAAGUGCCCGACCUAACAAAUCCCCUCGCCGUCGUCGUCGCCAUUGCUGCCAUGAUCUUUGGCGCCCUGUACCUGGCCAUGCCAUUAGCCAUUGUCGGCAUCAAGUACGAGCUCACGUGGCGGCGGUUCGAAAACGUUUCCCGCACGACGCGGAGCACGCUGGAACUCCGCGCGGCACUCAAGUCGAUAUCUAUCCAGCCGUUGCAUGCAAAGUCGAACCACGUCAACGUGCUCGUACACCGCACAAUCGACGCCAUCGCGCACCUCACAAGUUUGGUUCAAGGGUACAUCAGCAUUCCGGACGACGCCUUUUACAUCAACGACGAUGCUCUCAACCAAGCGUUUCUUGUGAUCCAUGCUGCGGGCGAUGACGCGAUUGCGCGCUUUCAAACGCUGAUGCGGCAUCUCUCUCCAUUCCUCCCUCCAGACUUUUGCAACUCGGUUGUGUCCAAGCCCACGGCUGGGCCACUCCCGUUGCAGCGCCGUGGCUCGAUGCUCGUCUUGCUGGCUGAAAGUGUUUUGGACAAAGCGAAGCGAGCGACUCUGCAUCGGAGGGACACCCCCAUCAACGUCCUCGACCCCAACUUGACCUUUCGACAGCGCUUACGAGCCCACUUGCGCGCGACCAACCAUGGGUCGAGGGCCCAUCGGUUCUACCUGACGUCCGUGCUCCUCAGCGUCGCCGUGUUUUACGCCGAGUCGGUGCCGGAACUCCAAGCGUUUGGCCCGACGUCGCAUCUCUGCCACAUGCUCAUGGAGUCGUACUGCACGUCGAAUCCGUCUCCAGCCACCGACCCUGGCUGCUAUGUGUGGCACAACACAACGGCCCUCGCCGUCCCAUUGACCAAAGCGCAGUUCUAUUGCGACAACGACGCAAAGACAGAGCGAUGCUUUGGCGUUGGCUUCAAUCAUGGCGGCAAUGCGUCCGCAGGCUCCUGCGCGGCAAAGUUUGCCUACCCCGCACACGUGUGUAGUUUGCGCGAAUGCCAACGUGGCCACGAGCCGCUUGUUGAUCUGACGCACCACUGGAUCUACAUCGAAGUGUAUCUGGGCAUCACGUUCACCGUGGAGCUCAUGUUGAGGUGUUAUGUGUCGAGUCGCCGCCGCCACUUUUUUCGAUCGGUGAGCACGUGGAUCGACAUCAUGGCGAUCCUUCCUUUCUACGCCCAAACGCUUGCCGGCCUUGCAGCUGGCCGCACCCCCAUCUACGUGAGCUCGCCGACAUUCCCUACACUCCUCUCGAUAUUGCCCAUCAUGAAGACGCUGCGCAUCGUAAAACUCGGCUGGUAUCUUCAAGGAAGCUCGGUGUUGGCCCGCACAGCUGCGCUGACCUACGAACGCCUGGCGAUUCCGCUCUUCUUUCUCUUUCUUGCAUGCGCCUCGGCUGGUGCGCUCUUCUUUGAAGUCGAGCGCGGGACUUCGUGCCGAGCGGGCAUGCCAUGCAUGUACUUUGGCAUCGACGUCAUGACGACGGCAAUAUCAAACUCGUUUCCAUUUGGGAAGCGCAUACAAAUCUAUCUGGACCACCUUGUCCUCCUCAAGGACAUGUGGCGAACGACGUGGAUGUCAGCUGUCACGCUGACUGGCGUGGGGUACGGCGACCUGACCCCCCGCAGCCCUGCCGGUCGCAUCCUCGACAUCCUGACGAUGGUUUUUGGAUCGUGCUACACCGCGAUGCCGUUGUCGUUGAUCGGGGGGCAAUUUUACCAGUGCUACGAACUCUACUCGAAGGAAAAGCAGGCGAGGGCGGGUGACGUGGCCCAAGUCCAAGUCGAUUCGACUCGGUCAGCGCACAAGGCAACGCCGACACUACGAGCCGUCGACUGCGACCUCCUCGAGUCAGCGCAAGUCGUCAUACACGUCGUGGAUGAAAUGAUGGCCAACUUGUACAAGCUCCACCGCAUGCGGCCUGGCUCGACUGUGCUGAACACUCCAGUCGAAACGUCGAUUGCCGCCAAUACCUCGGCAUCGGUGAAAGUCACUGCAGCAGGUCCUCGACGGCUUUCGUUGCUGGCACGUAUUGCGCCAACUUCGUUGGGGCCACUGCUCACGUUUGGAGACAAACGGAGGCAAGGCGUCGAAUUACGCCGCUUGGUUGUCGAAGCGUCCGCCAUCGCAACGACGGUGGCCUUGCAACUGCCCCGCGUCGUUGAAGCGAUUGUGGCCUUGACGGCUGCGGCUAACGACGACGAGUGACGCUAGAACAAGCGACAGGUCCGACCGUCUGCUUUUGGGUGCAUCCCGCUCUCUGUGCAAAGUGAAAUACGCAAGACAUCACACAGAGCACGAUGGAACUGCAGACGCUCAGAUGUCCCGACCAACCUGACGGUACACCUCGUACAGCUGCCCGGCGAAUUCAAAAAAAAGCUCCCGUUCCACGGGGAAAGGUUGUCGACAAUGGAGGUCGCAAGGGCGGCGUACAUGUGCCGUCCAUUCGAACAACGUGCUUACACUUGACGUUUUGCAAUCAGAAUGCACGAUUCGAUUGGAGGUGUGGGAAUUGC